CCUCGCGGCUUUCCGAAUCCUUCUUCGCUUUUAAGAACUCUCUGGGAAAUUGGGAAUCCGUCUCGUGCUUCAUUUCUCAAACCCUAGGCAUUGGGAAUUCUCUGAUUAUUCGCCUUUUCAACCUUAAUCUGAUAUAAUUUCUGGUUCUUCGAGUCCGAGAUUCUUCAUUGCUGAAUUGCCCUCUACCUCUAGGAUCAAAUUGAAUUUUUCUCCGUCCCGGAAUCGUUGAGAAGAAGACAGGAAUGGACGAUAGCUGUGCUGUGUGUGCCGAUACUUUGGAAUGGGUUGCCUAUGGUUCUUGUGGGCAUCGGGAUGUCUGCUCCACCUGUGUUGCUCGACUUCGAUUCAUUUGCGGUGAUCGCCGCUGUUGCAUCUGCAAGUCGGAGUCCGCCGUCGUGUUCGUCACUAAGGCCUUAGGAGAUUAUACAAGGACGAUUAAUGACUUUACAGUCUUUCCUUCUGAGCCAAGGGAAGGCCGAGCUGGAUCCUAUUGGUAUCAUGAAGACACACAAGCAUUUUUCGAUGAUGUUGACCACUACAAGAUGAUAAAAGCAAUGUGCAGGCUGUCAUGCAGCGUCUGUGAUAAGAUAGGUGAAGAUCAACCAAAUGAUGGACCAAAGCGGCGAGGAAAAUUUCGGAACAUCGAGCAGUUAAAGGGUCAUUUGUUUCAUCGACAUAAGUUGUUUAUGUGCAGUCUUUGUUUGGAAGGAAGGAAGAUUUUUAUUUGUGAACAAAAGCUAUAUAGUAGAGCACAGUUGAAUCAGCAUAUAAACACUGGUGACUCUGAGGUGGACGGAAGUGAGAGUGAGAGAGGUGGUUUCACAGGGCAUCCUAUGUGUGAAUUUUGCAGAACUCCUUUUUACGGAGAUAAUGAGCUGUAUACCCAUAUGUCAACUGAGCAUUAUACAUGUCAUAUAUGCCAAAGGCUUCAUCCUGGACAGUAUGAAUACUAUAAGAAUUAUGAUGACCUAGAGAUCCAUUUCCGACAAGCCCAUUUUCUUUGUGAAGAUGAAGCCUGCCUUGCUAAAAAGUUUAUAGUCUUCCAAUCUGAAGGAGAAAUGAAGAGGCAUAAUACUAUUGAACAUGGUGGCAAGCUAUCUCGAUCAAAGCGAAACGCUGCUUUGCAGAUACCAACCAGUUUUCGGUAUCGAAGAAGUAAUGAGCAAGAUAAUCGCCGUGGUAGACGGACAUUUCGUCGGGAUUCCUCUGAUGACCUACUUUCUUUAGCCAUACAAGCAAGUUUUGAAACAGGCAAUGCUGAUGACACCAAUCAUGACCCACUGCCUUCAUCAUCAUUUUCUAGUGGACAAGUAGCCUCGGAUCAGGGAAAUAUAAGCAACAUUGAUCCCUUAAUUGAACCAUUUGAAUCAUUGGCAACAACAGAUCCUGAAUCAGCUUCUAGAUACCUUCAAGCCUUGGGUCACUCUAGGAAUUCACAAUUGGAGCAAUCAUCCUUUCCUCCCCUUUCAACAGCACCUAGCAGCAGCCAUCCGAAGCCCAUGCAUGACAAAGAUGCUUCGCAAAAUAACAGUAUGGCAGCUCAUCUUCGCCGCCAGAGGAAAGUGACUGUUCUGAAUUCUGCUCAAGGUUGGCCAAAAUCAGGUCGUGCCCCUGUGCUACCAUCAAAUAACUCAUCUCAAGCUUGGCCUGCAAUAAAUGUUAAUCAUGCAGCAUCAAGCAGUUCUGGGCAGGCUAAAGGUGUUGUCACUAUCAGUAAUGGCCCUUCAGUCUCAGGAUACUCGAAUUCUGCUCAGAUGCAUGGGAAGGCUCUAUCUAGUUCUUCGAGUGGAUCAAGCAGCUCUGGGCAAACUAAGGGUGUUGUCACUAUCAGUAAUGGCCCUUCAGUCUCUGGAUACUCAAAUGCUGCUCAAGUGCAGGGGAAGGGUCGAUCUAGUUCUUCGAGUGGAUUAGGUAGUAGCAGUCGGAUCAGCCACUCUGCUUCUGCCCCUAGUCUUACCGACAUUGCCUAUGCCGAACCCUCAGUUAAUGAUUUCCCUCCAGUUUCUGCAGCACAGGCACGGAAGGCGCCCUCAAGUAGCCAGAGUUCACUGAACGUGGAAGAUGUCCAAACAGCAAACAAAUCUCUAGUUGAAAAGAUACGUGCUGCUCUCGAUUUCGACCAAGAUAGAUAUGCCGUUUUUAAAGAUAUAUCUGCACAAUAUCGUCAGGGUCUGAUUGAGACGCAAAUGUAUCUUGAUUGUGUGCAACAAUUUGGUUUGUCACAUCUUGUCCUUGAGCUUGCUAGGCUCUGUCCUGAUGCUCAGAAACAGAAAGAACUUGUGGAGACCUAUAAUGCUAGUUUACAAAAAGAUGUGAUCCAAGAAAAUGGUAGGGCUCAAGAUGGUAUUCAAAUCAAAGACAAGAGCAAGGGAAAGAAAGGUAAAGGGAAGUAUAUAGAUGCUAAAGACACUAGUUCCAAGGAUAAAUUAGCAGAUAGUAUCUUGAGUAGCGUUCGGGAACUGCAGUCAAAUUUCAUGCCUUCAGAGGAAGAGGUGGAGGUAUUAUCAAAGGGUGAAUACCGUGCUGCGAAAGGAAAAUCAAAGUUAUCAUCUGAUGAGCAGCAAGGUGGGACGGGAGGCCAGAACAGUCAACCGUCCACUGGUCUAUCAAACCAAAACAACACCGGGGAUGGGGGUGGGGGGAGUAAGCAGAAAAAGAAAACCUCCAAGUUCCAUAGAGUUCGCUUAGGCGAUGGUUCGGUUGCUGCUCUUUUAGACUUAAAAAACCCCAAUCCCGCUUCAGACCCAGAUCCAGUAGAAAGAAUAGAUGACAACAAUUCUGGGGGUGGGGUGCCUGUCCGUGGCGUCUGGCGAAACGGUGCUCAAAAGCUCUUCUCAUAGCAUGAAUCGGGUAAAUGGUGUAACAUUUUGUGGAUAUAGAAGCAACAGAAUACGAUCGAACUGGCGACCGGAUCUAUACAUCCGGCCAGAUGGGUUGAAGGAUGGUGAAUUUUGUUUGCAUUGGUAUUAAGCUGUCUGUAAUUUGGCAUGCUUCAUAUUUUGAGUUAUCACUUUGAUAUCAAAUAGUGUGGAUAUAUAAUAUGUUCCUUUUGUUUGAGGUUGGAGCAUGAAGAAAUUUCUGAUAUUUAGACCUCACUCGAGUGUA